GUUUUCGUUAAUAAUUUUCAAAUAAAUUAGAAUUUUUUAUUAUAACAGAAAUUUAUCAUGAGAAAUCUGAUCGUACGUAAACCUUGGAAAAAUACUGCAUAUUUUACUGAAGUAAUGGGGGGACUAGUCGGUUCGAAGUGCGCUAUUUGCGAGUACGUAAUUAGAAAUACGGUUGUUUUGAGCCGCGGUAGAGCGAGCAUUUUUAGGAAACGCUAUAAUUAAGUAACUACCACGAACACUAAACUAUGAGUGCCUCAAUUGAAGCAUCCGAAUUGAAAGAAAAAGGCAAUGAGGCCUUUAAAAAUGGUGACUACGAAAACGCAAUCGCCCUAUACACGAGUGCUAUCAAGUUAUCAUCGGAGGACGGCGACAAAGCCGUAUAUUUGAAGAACCGUGCGGCGGCCCAUCUGAAACGAGGCGGCUAUCAGCAGGCCGUCAACGACUGCAGCAAAUCGUUAGAGUUGACACCGGCCGAUCCCAAAGCGCUAUUCAGGCGAUCGCAAGCUUACGAAAACCUGGAACGCUACGAAGAGGCCUACGUCGACGCGAGGGAAGUGUUAAAGUUAGAGCCAACAAAUAAGGUGCUACAGCCCACCUUAGAACGACUGUACCCAAUUGUGCAGCAGCGAGCUAAAGAAAACGCGCAAAUAUCGACGAAAAUUGACAGCAUGACCAAACUCACCUUUGAUCCUACCACCGACAGGGAAAAGCGCGAGACCGCCAUGAACAACUUGCUGGUAUUGGCCCGCGAGAAAAUCGGUUCGGAGAUUAUUCUAAAAACGGGAGUGCUACACAAAAUCAAGCAGCUGGUGAAGGUGGAGAAGAACCGCGUCAUCUUCAUAUGCGCCAUUCGGAUAGUCGGCGAGCUGUGCAAGCAUUCGGUCGAGAACACCAAAGUCGUACUGAAGGACCUCGGUCUGCCGUGGUUCCUCGAGAUGAUCGACAGCGAAGACUCGAACCAAGUAAACGUGGCCGAACACUGCAUGCAAACGAUAUUAAACACGCUCUCCGGCAUGGAGAACAAGGCGGAUACGAAACCGAACAAGGAGCUGUGCGAGACGCACAAGUUUCAAAUCGACACCCUACUCUCGUGUCUCGUCUACUCGAUCAACAAUCACACGAUAUCCGGACUGGCUCGCGAUGCCAUCAUCGAACUGCUCAUUCGUAACAUACACUACACCACGUUGAGUUGGGCCGAGAGGCUCGUGGAGAUUGGCGGCGUCCAGCGGCUGAUGGAGUGCGCCAGCGAGCUGGAGGAGUACAAGUUCGAGAGUUCGCUCAGUAUAACGUCGUCGACUCGGACUAUCGCCGCCGUUUGUCUUGGGCGGGUCUUCGAAAAUAUGUACUACGAUAAAGCGAAGGAGGCGUUUUUGGAGAAGAUUCAGGAGUUUAUGGCGCCAAAAUUGUUGUCUCCGGAUAUCGAGGCGAAGGUUCGACUAACUGCGGCCAUAACUGCGCUUUUACGAGGUCCCCUCGACGUCGGCAACACGAUUAUAUCCAAGGAGGGGAUUUUGGAGAUGAUACUGGCGAUGGCAAAUUCCGAGGACGUCGUACAGCAGCGAGUCGCGUGCGAGUGCAUAAUAGCGGCGGCGAGCAAGCACGACAAGGCGAAGGCGAUCAUAUCGCAGGGCGCGAACAUUCUGAAGAAGUUGUACAAGUCGCCGGAGCCGGGGAUCAGCAUACGGGCGCUGGUCGGUCUGUGCAAGUUGGCGAGUUGCGGCGGCAGCGACGCGUCCAUCAAGCCUUUUCAGGAGGGAUCCGCCCUGAAGCUCGCGGAAGCGUGUCGGCGGUUUUUGCUGCGGCCAGGUAACGACAACGACCUUCGGAAGUGGUCGGCGGAGGGCCUCUCGUACUUGACCCUGGACGCGGAGGUCAAAGAGAAGUUGGUGGAGGACAAGGCGGCGCUGCAGGUCUUAAUCGAUCUGGGGAAGUCGGGCGAUCAGUCUGUACUGUACGGGGUCGUCACCACUUUGGUGAACUUGUGCAACGCGUACGAGAAGCAGGAGGUCCUCCCCGAAAUGUUGCAGUUGGCCGAGUUCGCCAAGCAGCACAUUCCGCAGGAGCACGAGCUGGACGAUCCCGAUUUCGUCACGAAGCGCAUCAUCAUUUUGGGCAACGCGAGUGUGGCGUCCGCCUUAGUUGGACUAUCAAAAACUGAAAGUCAGAACGCCAAAGAGUUAAUCUCGCGUGUAUUUAACGCCUUGUGUAGCGUGCCUGAGCUACGCGGCUCUGUGGUGCAACAGGGCGGUGUUAAGGUACUAAUUUCGCAAGCGCUCACCGGCACCGAUAAGGGUAAACGACACGCCGCCCAAGCGCUGUCUAGGAUCGGCAUUACGAUUAACCCGGAGGUCGCGUUCCCGGGCCAGCGCAGCCUGGAGGUGAUCCGCCCGCUGCUCAACCUACUGCACCAAGACUGCACCGCCCUGGAGAAUUUCGAAGCGCUGCUCGCUCUUUGCAACAUCGCGCAAAUGAACGAGUCGGCGAGGCAGCGUAUUAUAAAAGAGGGCGGCAUUGCCAAAAUCGACCAUUACCUUUUUGAAGACCACCUGAUGUUACAGCGCGCCGCCGCGCAGGUCAUCACGAAUUUGAGCAUGUCUCCAGACGUCGUCAAAAUAUACGAAGGCGAGAACGACCGAAUGAAGUACCUCGUCAUUCUGUGCGCGGACGAGGAUCUGGAGACGAGCCUUGCCGCGUCCGGCGCCGUUGCCAUACUGACAUCGAGCAGCGAGAAAUGUUGCGCCAAAGUCUUCGACUCGACCUCUUGGCUGGAAAGCUUGCAAGUUUUGCUCGCCAAUCCCAACUCCAAUUUGCAAUACAGAGGUCUGGCGAUCGUCAAGAACAUGAUGGAGAGUUCCAAGGACGUCGCCGCCAAGUUGAUCGAAACGAACGUCUUGGAAAUCUUGAUGGCCCUGACUAAGGCAGAGGACGACAAUAAGGUGAAGGUCAGGCAGGCAGCCGACGAUGCGUUGAAAUCGGCGGAGAAAUGGGGAGUUAUUCAGAAACGGGACGAUUCCAAUCGGCUUGAUACUUCACAAGGUAUUGAUCCGUUCGUGCAGGACGGAGAAGUGAACGAAGACUAAUUUGUUACUGGCGAUAACUUCCUAAAUUGUACUUAACUUUUAUAUUUAUACUAUUGUUAAUAAUAAAAACGAAUUAUUUAAUUAUUUACA